AUGGGGUCUCUUUUGUUGCUGCAAUUUCAAAUCAUUUUGUGUCUACGUAUGUUCUUCACUUCUUUCUCUUCGUCUUCGUCUUUGUCUCUGCCUUUAUGCCAUCCUGACCAAAACUCUGCCUUGCUUCAACUCAAGAACUCGCUAAAAGUUGAUGGAUGGGAAAAUGGAACAGAUUGCUGUUCGUGGCCUGCUGUCACGUGUGAAUCCACGUCCGGUCACGUGAUUGGUCUCGACCUCAGCUGGCAUGGGCUUGAAGGUAAAAACAAUUCUACAAGUAGUCUUUUCCAUCUUACUCAUCUCCAAAAGAUCAACCUUGCUCACAAUAGUUUCUAUGGUCCUCUAUUACCAUCUCAGUUUGGCGGGUUUGUGAAUCUUACACACUUGAACUUGUCUUGGUGUUCUUUUGAAGGUGAUAUUCCUUCUAAAAUCUCAUAUCUUUCCAAAUUAGUCUUAUUAGAUCUCUCAGGUAACUUAAAUCUAAAGUGGACAGAGACCACUUGGAAGAGGCUGCUGCGAAAUGCAGAGAUCUUUAUAGAUUAUACAGAUAUGUCAUCAAUUCCUCUAAGUUCUUUGUCUUUAAUCACCAAUUGGUCUUUCUCUUCGGUUACUCUUGGUCUUAGUAACACAAAUAUAACGGGAUAUUUGACAAGUGAUAUUCUUUGUUUGCCCAAUCUUAAAGAGCUACAUCUAUAUGGAAACGCAUACCUUCAAGUCCAUGUUUCUAGAUUGAAUUGCAAUGCUUCUGUUAGUAUUUUGGAUCUUUCAUUUUGUGAGUUCCAAGGAUCAAUGAUCCCUUCAUCUUUCUCUAAUCUCACAUAUCUCACUUCUUUGACUUUGUUUGAAUGUGGCCUUAAUGGUUCAAUUCCCUCUUCACUUUCAAACCUUCAACAUCUCACUCACUUGGACCUUUCAUCUAAUAAUAUCUUCGGCUCGAUCCCAUCCUCAUUUUCAAACCUUCAACAUCUCACUUACUUGGAUCUUUCAAACAAUAAUCUAACCGGUGCAGUCCCAGCAUCUUUCUCAAAGCUAGAGCUUCUCACUCAUUUAGACCUUUCAUCCAAUGAACUCAAUGGUUCAAUCCCUUCAUCUCUUUGGAAGCUUCAAGAUCUUGUUGUCUUGGAUCUUUCUUACAAUGAAUUAAGUGGUCAACUUCCAGAUAUAUUUGGUGGGCUAAAUAAACUGCAAACUCUCAAUCUUGGGAAAAACAAAAUACAGGGAAAGUUGCCAUUCUCAUUGUUUACAUUGACUAAACUUUCCAUCUUGGAUUUUUCUUCUAAUAAAUUUGAAGGGCCCUUACCUAAUCAAAUAGUAGGUUUUUCAAAUCUGACUGAAUUAUAUCUGGAUGACAACUUGUUAAAUGGGACAAUUCCUUCUUGGUGUUUAUCUUUGCCGCUUUUGAAACAUUUAAACCUUUCAAGUAACCAAUUCACAGGAAAUCUAAGUGAAAUCUCAUCUUAUUCCUUGCUGUACUUAAAUUUAUGCGGCAACAAAAUUCAUGGAGAUAUUCCAAAGUCGAUUUUCGACCUUGUGAACCUCACUGAAUUGUGUUUGUCAUCAGAUAACCAUGGUGGUUUUGUCAAAUUUUCACUCUUCUCCAAACUUCAGAACUUGAGUUCUCUUACUCUUUCAGGCUAUGAAUCAAUAUCACUAAAAUCUGAUGUCAAUGCCAAUUACACUUUCUCCAAUUUGGAAAUGUUGCACUUAUCUUCCAACACCAUGCUUGACUUUCCAAAGUUCUCAGGAAAAUUUCCGAGGUUGCUCAUACUUGAUUUAUCCAAUAACAAGCUCCAAGGUAAAGUGUCCAAAUGGAUACAUGAUUUGGAUUCUUUAUAUCAUUUGAACCUCUCAACAAACCAAUUGACAUCAAUAGAAAAAUUCUCAUGGCAUGGCCUGCAAUACCUUGAUCUUAGUUCUAACUUGAUGACCAAUGAGAUUUCAUUCAUCUUAUGCAAUAUAAGUUCUCUCGAGGUUGUCGACUUGUAUGGCACUUUGCCAGAUACAUUUUCCAUGAACAGCAACCUCAAAACUUUGAAUCUGUAUGGAAAUCAAGUAGAAGGCCAAUUGCCUAAAUCUUUGUCCAACUGCACAGAGCUGUGUUGGUCUUUAAGAGGCAAUAAGUUUUAUGGUCCUGUUGGUAAUAACUUGACAACCAAGCAUCCAUUUCCAAGUUUAAUUAUCUUUGAUGCAUCAGGCAACAAUUUUAGUGGCCUGUUGCCAAAAGACUUCAUUGAGAAUUUCCAAGCCAUGAAGAAUGUUGUUCAUGGUGAAGUGGGAAGUAUUUUGCAUUACAUGAAUAGUCGCUUUUACUCUGCAAUAAGUUAUGAAACUCAACCAGAGUAUGCUAACUCAUUGAUAGCAACAGUUAAAGGGGUCAGCAGAGCUUACACGAAAAUUCCAACCAUCUUUGCAUAUAUUGAUUUGUCAGAGAACAAAUUUGAAGGAGAGAUUCCAAAUGUUAUUGGAGAGGUUCAUGCACUCAUAGCACUCAACCUUUCCCAUAACAAACUCAUUGGUUCUAUUCCUCAAUCCAUGAGAUAUUUGACAGAACUUGAAUCAUUGGACCUCUCAUCGAAUAUGCUCACAGGUCGGAUCCCAAAUGAAUUGACCAAUCUAAACUUUCUUGGAUUCUUGAAUCUUUCCAGCAACCAUCUUGUAGGACUAAUACCUCGAGGAAAACAGUUUGAUACGUUUCGAGAGGAUUCCUACCAAGGGAACAUGUGGUUAUGUGGAUUUCCAUUGCCAAUACAAUGCAACAAGAUCCUUGAAGAAGAACCUUUAUCCUCUCCAACCAAUCAUGCUGAAGAGAAAUUUGGAUUUGGUUGGGAGGCAGUGGCAAUAGGAUAUGGAUGUGGAACUGUGUUUGGAAUAGGAUUGGGAUGCUGUGUUCUCUCAAUUGGAAAGCCUCAAUGGGUUGUCACAAUCUUUGGAGGUGAUCCAAACAAAGGUAUGAAAAGGAAGAGAGGAACAAGGUCUCAUGGAAACCGUACAAGAACAAAUUAAUGGAUAUAUGACAUAACAGAAGCAUGUCUUGUUGCACACUUCUUGGGAUCAUGGAACACUGUCAAGUUCUUUUUGCAUGUUAGGUUGCAUUG